ACAUGGAUAAAGAUUCAAAGGAAACCACAAAUUCCCAUGAUAACAGUUCUGUAAAAGAAGAAUUAGAAUCUCCCAUUCCAAGUUCAUCUGACAUUGAAAAGAUUUCACAAGAACCCUACACAAUUCGUAACAGCAGGGACAAAAAACAUGUCCUUUAUGAAGAGCCGAAAGAAGAACCAAUCAAUGUUGACGAAAUUGUUACAAAGGUCAGAACUACACCCUCUAGGAAAUAUCAUAAAAUAUUUUGUUCUCGAAACAAAGGUUACAUGGACGCAAAUGCAGAGCAUGAGACCCCUUCUCCACCUAUUAAGGCCCCUGAUGAAGCUAAAGAUGUUUUGCCGAAAACUCUAAAGAAAGGAUAUGCUCCUGCUGUUAAUCAGCCAAACUCUAUCGAAAGUCCAAAGUCGAAUGGAGAAUUGCCUUCUGAAGCUUUCAAGAAUAAACUUGAAGUGCCAGAGACAGACACAGCUAUGGAAGUAGAGACACCACAAUCUAGCAGCCAUGAGACAGAUGAGGGAGAGCAACUGCUGAUCAGGCACGGAGAUGAAAUUGCCAGAGAACUUGGCCUUAUCAGAGACAAGAACUUGUCGAGUAAAAACAAUGGUCACUUGAAGAAGUGUGACUUGUGUGGAUAUGCAUGUAAAACGAGUGAUAACCUAAAGAUACACAUGGGGUUGCAUACAUACGGAAGUUCAUUCAAGUGUGAAUUAUGUGGUUAUGCAUGUAACAAAAAAAUUAGCAUGAAGACACACAUGAGGAUACAUACAGGAGAAAGACCUUACAAGUGUGAGAUGUGUGAUCAUGCUUGUAAAACGAGUGGUAACUUGAAGACACACAUGAGGAUACAUACAGGAGAAAGACCGUACAUGUGUGAGGUGUGUGAUCAUGCUUGUAAAACGAGUGGUCACUUGAAGAGACACAUGAGGAUACAUACAGAAGAAAGACCGUACAGGUGUGAGGUUUGUGAUUAUGCUUGUAACCAGAGUGGUAACUUGAAGAUACACAUGAGGAUACAUACAGAAGAAAGACCGUACAAGUGUGAGGUGUGUGAUCAUGCUUGUAAAACGAGUGGUCAAUUGAAGAUUCACAUGAGGAUACAUACAGGAGAAAGACCGCACAAAUGUGAGGUUUGUGAUUAUCAUUGUAACCAGAGUGGUUACUUGAAGAUACACAUGAGGAUACAUACAGUAGAAAGACCUUAAAAGUGUGACUUGUGUGGAUAUGCAUGAAAACGAGAGUGUAAGUUAAUUAGAAUGUUCAAUCUGCAACAUCCAUGAACAACACAAUACACACAAUUGGUAAUAAAAUGAUUAAUAAUAAGUGCCAAUCUUACGAUUCAACGAAAAUGAAGUCAACGCUAUUGAUGCAGUUUUACGGCAUUAGUGAUUUUAAGGAUAUGUCAUCUGUUUAGUAAACAGUUUAUUGUACUCUCUAUUGUGUAAUAUAAGUAACUGGAUUCAUUUAGAUUGCGAAACAGGCGAAGGAUGUUAUUGUGUAAAACGUUGGUUAAACUGAUCCUUGGGUGACACUAAUUUUAAAAUGUUCAAAUGAUUUCAGUCUAUUGCAUGUGUCGAUCACUAGGGAUUAACAUGCAAUUUCAUAAAUACAUGUACAUCAAAAAUCUUUGAAACCACAAAGUCAGGAUUUUCAUAUUAUAAUUGGUGUGUAACAUCCCCUACUGGCCCUCAAUUAAAAUUUCCAAAUCGUGCAUCUGGGAUCAAAAAUACAGUACAGUAGCAGUGCCCCAGUUAUUUCAUCAUCGAUAUAGACUUGCGCAAUCUAAUCAGGGCGUGUCAACUUUUAAGUCAGGCAAUGUUUCAUGGUCUCAUUAGCUGCUAAUAUGCAGACUGGUCUCUAGCUAUAAUGGCCGUAUAGCCAAAAACCCAUUUUUGCUUCAUGUGGCACAAUAAAUUAUCAACUAGAAGAUGCGCGGCAGAGGCCGGCGCGAAUCCCCACGCCGCAUAGAUGUUAUAUAAUAAGGCAAUUUUCGGUGGGCAAGGCCUAUGUUGGUGGGGCCCCGGGGUGGGUAAUGUGGACAUGGAUGGUUGAGAUAGGUCCGUAGAAAAACAUGGCGGCUAGGGCGCGGGGCAGUAUUCCUAAUUUGGCUAUAGAGAAAGCUUGUGAACACUCUAGAAGUCAUUAUUUUUGCACAAUCAUCAUGAAACUCUGUCAAAACAUUGGUUUCAUUGAUAUCUCGGAAGAGUCCGAAAAUGGUCCAAAUCGGGAAAAAAACAUGGCCGCAAGGGGGCGGGGCAGUUUUCUCUAUAUGUAUAUACAUGUAGUGAAAACAUCUGAACACUCUAGAAGUCACAUUUUGGGUCCAAUGUUCAUGAAACUUGGUUAGAACAUGUGCUUUCUGGAUAUAACGGUUGACUUCGAAAAUGGUUUUGAUCGGUAAAAAAGCAUGGCCGCUGGGGCGGUCAUUUUCCUUAUAUUUAUAUAGUAAAAACAGCUUGUGAACACUCUAGUUUAGCAUGUCAAGGGAAGUAACUGCACAAUGGCUUUCGAAAAAUUAUGUUGAAUUGACAGAGUUUUCUCCCUUUUUAAAAAUAUUGUUUAAGCACAUGAAGAUUAAGUGGAAUUGAUUAUAAAUGAAAGUUUUACAUUCUUAUACAAAGAUAGCAAACUUUUGAAUAUUUUUUUAUUGUUUGAUGAUUCUGUACAAUAAAAAUUUGGCAUUCUUUUGUCAAACGAUUAAAGCGAGACUCUACGAUU